CAUUAGCAUCGAGUAUAUAUAUAGUUCAGAUAAAAACCAGCAUCAGUUCGUGAUACUUCUCAGUCGCCUUUUGAGCGCUUUAAGCCCGAUUAGACUCCCGGUGACGGUGACUGUGUCAGUGACAGUGAACAGUGACAGUGACGUCAUCCUCUAACCAUGAACAUAAUUGGCAUAGUUUUUCUUAUUCACGCCACCCUCUUGGGGGUUCAAGGCGUUGAGAUCUACACGGAAAAGCCCCCAUAUAUUGAAUCAUGUCGGAUUUAUGAACCAGAAUUCACCAAAUGCUCCACCCGCUCCAUCCAAGCCUUCAUGAAUCAGGUAACUAAAGGUAUACCGGAGAUCGAAAAAUCCUUUGGGCAUAUAGAUCCCAUGAAACAGGAGCAACUGGUAUUUAAGCAAGAUAAUAGCGAUGUGGCCAGUAUUGCUGCGAAUCUCACAGAACUACUAAUUAGCGGCUUUGGCAAAAUGGUGAUCAAGGAGAGCAAGGUCAGUAAAAAAGACUUUAGUUGGCUAACCAAGAUCUAUUUGCCAAAGAUGCGCAUGGAUGGCAUGUACAAAAUGGUUGGAAAAAUAUUACUAGUUCCCCUGAGCGGAGCCGGGAAAAUCUUGCUGGAAAUAGAUGACCUGGAUAUACUGAUGAGUGCCAAGACACGGCUCUAUGAGAAGGCCGGCUUCACCUUCUACAACGUGACUUCCGUGAAGGUGAAGCUAGAGGUCGGAAAAGUACGGACCAACAUGGAAAACCUAUUCAAUGGGCGGAGCAAAGAGGUCGAAGAGGGAACCAACCAGUUCUUCAACGAUAACUGGCGGGAUUUGUUCGAGGCGCUACGUCCACUGGUGGUGGAGACCGUGGAACGGACCCUGCUGGACCUGCUGCACAAGACAUUCAGCAUUUUUCCGGCCAGCUUUUUUGUGGAGGACAUUCCUAACUCCUUGACCUUGUAUGGCCGCAAAUCGAAGAUGAUUACUGAUUAAAAUUAGUUGUUGCACUUCA